AUGACGGAUGAUGAGACUGUCCUCCUCGAAAAGGUUCACUCACUCAGCGACCUCGAGCUAGCUCUCCUGCUCAGCUUCACCGCCCGCCAACACUGCAUCAUCAGCACUCUACCCGACGUGUUAGACGAUCUAGUUCAAGAGUUACAGCUGGUAAUUGACCCCUUCUCCCUCCUCUCCUCUCUUCUCUCAUUCAGAAUCCCCGACACUGACACACACUCUCGCCAGAUCUCCACCAAGACGUUCGGUCUCCCCUGCGCCGUCGUAAACUGCGACUCAUCCACCACCCUCGACAGCUUCUCCUCCUGUCUUCUCACGCAGCAAGCCGCAGCACAGACCCCCACGGCGACAGCAUGGCCCAACACCACAUCCGACUACUUUUCGCUCCGAGAACGCCAUAAUGAGCAGCAGCAGCAGCAGCAGUCGUUUCCUUUCACCGCCGGCGGCGCCUCGUCUCCACGGAUAGCCAACGUAGUGCUAGUUCGCAAUCUCGACCGCGCCCCUCAACCCGUGCAAAUCCAGGCCCUUGAACUUCUCCGUUUGGGGCGCAUCCUCACCCGCACGUCCGCAUACUCGGUGCCCAAACCGUUCCUAUUCAUACCCGUUCUCGGUGCAGAGAGCGGCGGGCAGGCCCAUGUAGCGCGUCACGUGAACGAUCACUUCUUUCUCAGUCACUGGCACGACCCGGACGAGGGGCUAGUCAACCUCGACGGCGACGUUGACGAGUAUGGCUACGGCAGCAGCAGAGGAGAUGACGAUACGGCUUCUACCACGGAGAGCGUCGUCAAGACGAAUCCUGCUGUUUGGGACGUCCAGCAGGCAGAAGCAAUCAUAACACCAAACAAGGACAUUGACCAUCUCGACCGCCUCCAAUCCCAGGUCAACACCGACAUCGAAGUGACACGCUACCAAAACAACGUCAUCUCCUUUCUGCGCAUGCACCGCGCCGUAGCAGACGGCAUCAGCCCCGCCGCCACAAAGCACCUCGAACUCUUGUCACGGUGCCUCGCCCCUCUCCACGGUCUCACCUUUGUCACGCCGGGCCUUGUCGGCCUGGCCGCCGCAAAGGUAUAUCAGCACCGCAUACGCAUCACUCCUCCGGAAAAGGAGAGGAGCAUGCAGUGGGGGAGUAGGGUGGAGGCCGUCGAGUCCGUCUUGCACCACGUCGGUCCAGAAGAGGUUAUCGAGGAUGUGCUGGGACUGGUUCCAGCGCCAUUGUAG